AUGUCUUUCAAGCCCAAGUUCCGGCACAAUAUGAAAUCUGGUCCAUAUGUUGGUGAAUUAGGUGAUCAUGCUGCGUCUUCACAACAACCGGCUCAAGCUCUUCCUCCAGUUCCUGAAGAUGAUGAUCUUAAUUUGAAAGCACCCGUCAAUGAGUACUCUCCUGGUACUCCACUGCCUGACGAUGUUGAAAUUGAUGAUGAUGUUGAAGACAAAGAUGAAGGUUUAGGCAGUGGUCUUCCAACUUUAGAAGAACGUGUAACGGGUCAGCCUUCAGCUUCUCGUUUGUUAGAUGAGUCCAGCAAACGUGCGAGCUCAGCAGGUGAUGAAGCUGAUUCCAAACGACCAAAGCUGGAAGAUGCGGAAACUUUGCUUUUCAACUGUUUAGAUGUUUACGAAGCAGCCUAUGUUUUGACGGUGGAGCUUGACCUUACCUCCAACCGAGAAAAGAAGAAGCUGCUUCAUCAUCCUUCACUUUUUCUGGCUCAAAAACUUCGAGAUUGUGAAGUUCGGUAUGAAAAGCUGCGUCCUGAGCAUCGUGUUUUGUUCGAUCGAGCGAAAACCAAAGAGGUCAACUCUUUCCUGGCAAAUCAAGCUGUCAGACGUUGCCUCAACAGCAACGAAGAGCUCGAGGCCAAGCAGAGCGGACGUCUGAUGAGAUGUCGUUGGGUUCUGACUUGGAAGCCAACUCCUGUAGAAUCUCUGGAAGAAGCUCAACGUGAACUGGCUGAAAAUCCAACAAAUACAACACUCACCCAAGAUGCCAAGAAGAAAGCGAAGGCACGUAUCGUGCUCCUAGGCGUUGAACACCCUGAUCUCCUCACUGGUGAGCAUCAAACUGCCUCUCCUGUUCAAGCAGUCAUCACAAGGAAUAUCUCCUACCAGUUCAUCAUGGAACAAGGUUGGGACGUUGAGGGCAUUGACAUGAGCACAGCGUUUUUGCAGACUCUCCCCACUGAGGAAUCAAAGCGUCUCUGGACUUCUGGCGUGCGAGAAUUGCGAGAAGCCCUGCAGGUUCCUGAAGGUGGUGUGCUCCGAAUCCUGAAGGACUUCUAUGGAAGCACAACAGCUCCAAAGAAUUUGUUUCAGAACGUUGAUAGUGCACCAAAUCCAAUGAUUCUGGUCCAUUGGAAAUCGUGGAAAUUAAAGCGCAAAUCCAUUGGAACCAAUGAUGCUGAAGUGCAAGCUUUGGUAGAAACCGAGGACUCUCUUUUUAGGACUCGUUUGUUGUGGGCGGAAAUGAAUGGUGCUGGAGCCCAUGACACUUCUCGAAACCUUUUGGAAGCCUCAUUGGACGAAGUCCAAAAUGUACCUGGUUUGCUAGGAACUGACAGCAAGGGUGGUUAUGAUAGCAUUAUUGUGAACGAAUCUCCUCUCCUUGGUUUGUCAAACACCCGUGCUGCCUUGCAAGCGUUUCAACUGAAAGAGUCACUCCCACGUUGUGCAACUAAACUCAUUUGGUUAGCCUCUGAUUGGAACUUGUCUGAUGCCCUGACAAAGAAGAAACGGGAGUGCCGAGAGUCCUUGGAAUUUUUCUUGAAGAGCCGAGUGUGGAUGUUGCGAUUUGAUCCACAAUUCAUAAGAUCUGCUCGUAAGGAAAGACAGAUCAAAGGGGGCCCCUUGAAGCCAUUUGCAUGGCCCGGAAAAGGCUGUGAGCGGCCUCAUGGUUUCUUGCGUGUGAGCACGCAAUUGGUGGUGACUUGGACCUUGGACUUCGCGCAGAAUGUCUUGGGAAUGCAGGUGCUUCUGCCAAGCAUGGUGGGAUGCUCCACGGGUGACAAAGUCGACUCCUUCUGGUCCAAGACUGUCCUUGGUUAUGGAGCUGACAGUCUGGCACUCGAGGUGGCCUACAACGAUGCCGUCCCAAAGUUUCGGGGUGAAGGCCUUCCAGGCCUUCCAGGCGGUCUACAGCGCCUUGUCCUGGAGCUCACGAAUCUCCAGGGCUCUAUCUUGGCAGCCAAGCGCCUUGGGUAUGGCGUCGAGAAUGGCACCAAUGGUACUAACAUCUCAGUGGUUGGGCCAGAUGGGUACGUCUUUGAGCUUCGCAGUGCUUCCUCUCCCAAGAGAGUUGGUUUGCAGUCGGUGGUUUUGCACGCUGAGAAUUUGGAGCUGGUGGCUGCAUGGUACGAGGAGCUUUUCGGUUUGACACGCGGUGCUCACACUGAUGUGGCUGCUGGUGCUAUCGGGUUGCAGCUGCGGAACAGGUCCGUGCAGUUUAUCUUUGAAGCGAUUCGGGCACCAGCCCUCAUCACCGGCUGGGAUGGUCGCCUGACCCUGGCAAUGCCGGAACGUCAGCUGAGCGGCAUCUAUGCAUGGUUAUCCCAGGAGUCUCCCCUCUCCAUCAUUCAGCCGUCCGAGAAGCUACCAGGCAGCCCACUGCAGGCUCUGCUGCGAGAUCCUGCAGGCUACGAAUUGUGUUUGGUCGGUGACUUGGAUAUGGCAGCGACUCCGGCGACGAGCCAUGCAAGGACAAGUGAGACCCAAUCCAGCAGCCCUUCGGGCAGCCCUGCCGUGUUGACACAACGACUGGAGUUGUGA